UAACAACACCCAUAUUAGGGUAGACUGGGUACGGUUGUGCCAGGGUACGGUAGUGACAGUCGCUGUAUUGUCGAAAAUAUAAGGAUUAGCGGGGGGCGUGCAAGGGGAAAGACGAGCGCCUUGCACGUCUCAACCUGUGUCACAGUGUUGCGUCAUCCGACGCGCAGAGUGUACGUGACCAGGAGCACAUUUUGAUUUUUGAACGCAAAAAAUGCCUAGAAUACGCAAACGAAAGACUACAAGAGCACAGUGCAGCUUGAAUCAGUAUGAAGAUGCUUACAAAGAAACUAAACGCGGGACUUCUUUGCGACAAGCUGCGGAAAUGCAUGAUGUUAAUCGCAUGUCACUAUUAAGGUAUGUUCGAAAACGCGAUAAUGCCAGCACGGGCGAUAAUGAAAACAAUAGCAUUAGCAUGGGGUAUGUUGCUCACAAUAAAGUAUUUUCCGAACAACAAGAGCAGCAGUUGUCAAAAUAUUUACAGCGUUGCGCGGACAUUUAUUUCGGACUUACUGCAAAAGAGGUGCGGAAGUUGGCUUUUGAGCUUGCAACUCAAUAUAACCUAAAGCGACCUGCUACUUGGGCUGAGAAUGAGAUGGCAGGCGAAGAAUGGUUCCGUUCCUUCCUGAAUAGAAAUCCUUCUCUAUCUGUUCGAGUAGCUCAAGCUACAAGCCUUUCAAGGGCAACUAGUUUCAAUAAAACAAAUGUGGAAGCUUUUUACGACAACUUGCAAGUUGUUAUGGAUAGACAUCCUUACGAGCCACAGGAUAUCUACAAUGUCGACGAAACAGGCGUCACUACGGUCCAAAAACCUGAUAAAGUCAUUGCAAGACGUGGUACGCGGCAAGUGGGAGCCGUUACUUCUGCUGAACGGGGCACGUUAGUUACGGUAGCUUUUGCAGUGAACGCCUUGGGAAAUACCAUGCCUCCGUUUUUUAUUUUCCCUCGUGUUCGUUACCACGACCACUUUGUGAGGGACGGACCAGUUGGAUCUGUUGGAGCUGCAAACCCUUCCGGCUGGAUGCAAGAUCUAUCCUUCUUAGAAUUUCUUAAACAUUUUAAGAAAUUUUGUAAUGCUUCACUAACUCACAAAGUGUUACUCGUGCUUGAUAAUCAUUCAUCGCACAUUCACAUUAAUACCUUAGAUUAUUGUAAAGAAAACGGGAUCACUUUACUUUCAUUUCCCCCACAUUGCUCUCACAAGCUUCAGCCUCUCGACCGGUCUGUCUUCGGACCUUUAAAAAAAGCUAUUAACACUGCUUGCGAUGGAUGGAUGCGAAGCCACCCUGGUAAAACGAUGACAAUAUAUGAUAUACCAGGUAUCAUCAAAAUUGCUAUGCCUCUGGCUCUUACACAGGCGAACAUACAGGCUGGUUUUAUGAAAACUGGGAUCUAUCCAUACAACCGUAAUCUGUUCGGAGAUAUUGACUUUGCACCCUCUUUCGUAACCGACAGACCAAACCCUGAUACUGAAGACAAUAUUCCUGCAGUACCGUCACCUGGAAGAACUAGACCAAAUCCUGACACUGAAAAUAAUGCUUCUGCAAUACCAUCUCACACAACAAGCAGAACAGACACUGAAGAUAUUUCUCCUGCAGCACCAUCACCUGUAAUAAGCAGACCAAUCCCUGACAAUCAAGAGGAUGCUCCCAUAGCACCAUUUUUAGUAAAUAUUGCCAACCUUGACUGUAUUCAAGAAGAAAAUUUUGUUACUGAGAAUUUUGGACCUAAUAAUAAAAGUCCACCACUUUCACCUUCUAUAUUAGACAAUACACCAAGCCAAAAUUUUAGCAAUGUUCAACCAUCUACUUCUGCCAUACCAUCAGUUUUUUCUCCUGAAAUUGUUCGGCCCUUUCCAAAAGCUUCCCAAAGAAAAACGCGAGGACCUAGAACCAAGAAGUCUACGAUUUACACGGACACGCCUGAAAAAGAGGCAGUCAGGCAAGAAUAUGAAGCAAAAGAAAAACGACUGAAGGCAAAGGGCAUCAAAAAAAAUCUCAAUGAGCCGAAAGGAAAAGGAAAAGGUAAAGCAACGAAAAGGAAACAAUCACCGUCAAUAUCAGAUGAAGAAGAAUAUUUUUGUUUGGUGUGCCUUGGUCCAUAUUCUGAAAGUAGGCCUGGCGAAAAAUGGAUUAAAUGCCAAGGAAAGUGUAACCUUUGGGCCCAUGUAGACUGUACAGAUGGUAGUCGGUAUUAUAUUUGUCACAACUGUGAUGAGUCGGAUUAGAUUAGUUGUCAAACUUACUUUUAUAAAUUUUCACAUGCUACAUUUCUAAAAAAAUAUUUGAGUUCCUGUUUAAAAGAUUUUAUUAUGUUUUGAGUUUAGUUUCAAAAUAGAAUAGAGAUUAAGUUCUAAUGUGAUUAUGAACAUGAUUAAUAUAUUAUAUUUGUUAAGUCCGCUUUAACUAAUUUUAAGUGCAGACUGUUAUAAAUACUUUAAGGUACUUAAAUAGUGGGUAUAGAUGAAGACUGACUGUACUAAUGAAGACUACUGAUUGUAACCAAAGAUCCUAUAGUGCCUUAUAUGUUGUAAGAAAUUAAAAUGUUCAAAGAUUUUAUUUCUUUUGUUAGGAAAGUAUAAUUUAGUUGAUUAUUAUAUAAAAAUAAAUAAAUAUUUUUUGCAAUUAAAGUGUUUUAUUGGCAUUUUAGAGUAUUUUUAUCUUAUUUUGUGAUCAUAUUACAGUAUUUUCAUCGUGUCACUAUUGACCCCCAGUACUGUCACAA